CGCCUUCCGACCCGACCACCACGAAGGGUCCUUCCCUCUCUACAAGUAAGCCUCCCACAAGUGAGCAAGUGGUAUCUACCACACCCCAGACCAACGAGACAGUGAUUUGCGGGUACCAAUAAUACACCAUGUUAAAUAUCUGGACUGUGAAGAAGAAACAACAACAGGAGGCGUCAAGUCCAAGAGCAAGUAAAAGAACAGCUGGGCAUAUCCGGGUUCAGAAAGACAUCUCAGAGCUCGAGGAGUAUUCCACGAUGAAGCCGACUUGGGAGGACUACGAGAACGAUCCAUUGAACUUCACUCUGACAAUUAGACCCGAUGAAGGGAUGUAUCAAGGCGGUGUAUACGUAUUCCGGUUUAAAAUCCUCGAAACCUACCCACACGACGUACCAACAGUCAAGUGCACCCAAAAGAUAUACCACCCGAACAUCGAUCUAGACGGAAACAUUUGUCUGAACAUCCUCCGAGAAGACUGGAAACCCGUUCUCAAUCUUAAUUCAAUCUUUGUUGGUUUACAGUACUUAUUCUUAGAACCUAACGCGGAUGAUCCUCUUAACAAAGAUGCUGCCGAAGUGCUCCGUCGCGACCGAGAGCAGUUCGUGCGUAAUGUGAAGUACUCCAUAACCGGUGGGACUAUUGAUGGUGUAACGUAUGAUGACGUACGAGGAGCACCAGUAAGCAAAGAGAAAUCGAUUAGCAGGGAGAAGUCGAAGGAGAAGUCGAGUGAAUACGUUCGAGAGGCUCUGCGAACUCCAAGCUCGGAGUAUCAGUAGUUCAAUGCUAUCGUUUUUUUCUUUCGCGCAUUUUCAUUGUUAUGUAGUGAUGGAUGGCCAAUUGCACUGAUAUUACAGGACCCUGUGGGAACUAAGACAGCUGCAAGAAGAUGUACAUUGAGACAGCCAAACAUUCAGCUUCCUCUGUAUGUUGUAUAUGAGUAGGGGCUCAACAAAAGAGGUAUAUGGUAGUGCUGUGCCGUAUCUUUCACUUCAAAUACGACCUCAACCCAGGGAUAGAAGCAUUCUCUGCCGGUUGCCGCGAAGUACUCUUUUGUCUGGAACACAAUCUUGUAAAGCCCGGCACGAAGGAUUGCAAGUUGUUCAACAGAUUCGCGAGUCGCUAUGAGUAGAUCCAAGCACCGCCCAUCUUCGUUGGUCUCUCCAUGGGCGAUGGGAUCGAAGGCAAAGACUUCUCCUUCCGAUGAAUCGGUUAUCUUUCUGUGUCUUUGCAGCUGGACCUGAACGCCACGAGCAGGCUUGCCCAGCGACGAGUCAAGAACGUGGCAGGUGAUAGGGGAUUUGUCGUUGUUGGACAUGGUAAGUGUUUAACCCAGUGGGGAUGCGCUGAGGCUGAUGAAAUGACGACAGUCAUAUAAAUAUUUAUGCUGGAGAUGCCUUUUAUUGUACGUCGUCCGGAUAAGGCUUCAUCUGAUGCACGUGGGGCUUGUGCACUACGACAAUGAAUUGUUGGUUGGU